AUGGAAGAAGUUACUAUUGUGCCUGAGUGUUCAGCAUCACUAAAACCUGUUGUGGGUCAGUGUUUCCAAUCACUUGAUUUUGCAAUUGCUUUUUACGAUGUGUAUGCUCGAGCAGUUGGUUUUGACACGCGCAAACAAGGAGUAAAAAAAGUAGAAGGUGUUACUAUUUGGCAGUAUAUUGUAUGCACUCGUCAAGGUAAGAAGAGGACAGAGGAGGAGGAUAUGGUGAACGCCAGACAUGGUUUCACGCUGAAAAGGAGACGUUUAUCCAACCGGUGCUGCUGCCCAGCGAAGAUAUCACUUCGUUAUUUCUCCGAAGGCGGACGUCCCGGAUAUAAGAUUCAUGAGUUUGUAGAGACACAUAACCAUACCAUGGUGGAGGUGCAACAUAAGCCAUUCAUGACUAUAAAUCAAAAGUUGACUGAAGUGCAUGAGAAAUUCAUUCUUGAUUGUUCAAGGGCUAAUAUCGGCCCCACGUUGACUUUCAAAUUCCUGAAAGAGGUAUUGGGAGGCUACCAAAUGGUGGGGUGCACCGUUGGGGAUAUACGUAAUGCAUCUCGAGACAUUAAAGCUUACGCUCAAGGUUAUGAUGUUCAGAUGGUGUUGGACGAGAUGCGUAGGAAGAAGGAACUAUCUGAUGCAUUUACAUAUCACUAUGAAGUUAAUAGUGAAAAUCAGUUGGAUAAUCGUGGGAGACAUGUUACAUUCGUUGCUGGUCUAGUUUCGAAUGAGAAGACAAGUGCAUUUGCUUGGUUGUUUAAACAUUUUAUUGAGUGCAUGGGUGUUGCACCCAAAAUGAUGGUCACAGACCAAGAUUUGGGCAUGCGGUCAGCUAUUGAGGAAAUUCUUGUUGGCACUAGACAUUGGUGGUGCAUGUGGCAUAUAAUGCACACGCUUUCGGUCAAAGCUCCGAAGAGGAGAUGA